AGCGGCGUGUGAGACACACUAGAAGCAAGCCCAGGGAUCUGCAGCGGGAACGACCCUCACGCGCCAGCGGAGCGCCAGCAAAGCGCCAGACUUCGAGUAGAGGCCAUCAGCGCUGCUGACUUGCAGCCUGAGCAGCCGCGUCGCCCAGUACGCCGGUCAGCGCGAGACCAGCCGCAGAGGCCUCCAGUGCGCCAGGCGACAGCAGCGCCAAAAAGAUGGACUUCACCGAACCGACGGGCGAGGGCGACGACCACCACGGCGGCCAGGAACGAGCGUUAUUCCUGCUCGACGCCCGGCCGGAGCUCUUCGAAAGUACCGAACAAGGAACGCGCUGCGAAAUAGCGGUAAGACAGGUCCUGGAUUAUGUGAAGGCCCGGCUCCUCGAGAAGAAUCGGGACAUCGUGGGCCUGGUGGCCUGCGGCCCCGACGAGGCCGCGGUCACGUUGUUGACGCCGGCGGCACCCUCGGCGAAGGCAGCUAGAGCAUUGGGAGAAGCGCUGAAGACCGGAAAGUGCGCCACACCACAAGCUUUCCGGAAAUGGUUAGAAGACGACGACGAGAUAACCCAGAAGCCAAGGAACCGCACGGACGCGAGGCAAGGCAGACUGAGGAACGGCCUCGACCGGUGCGCGCGCGACUUGGAGGAUGCGUCCAAGGGCCCCUCAGCUGUAGAUUCUAUAUAUAUUUUUAGUGGAGCGAAGGACCCCUGCGAUGGCGACGCGGACCAGCACGCGGCGUGUGAAGUGUUUGCGCGCGACUCGUCGGAUGUCGACCGAGAGUUGCAGUUGUACUAUUUCGGCGAGGCCGAGUCUGUUGAAGACUUCUGGAAGCCUCGGAUAUUAAUUCCAUCUGCACCGCCCCAAGAUGCCCAAGACCAGUGGCAGGAACGCGCGUGGCCCGCUCUAGAGAUCGUCGACGUCUUCGACGCGGGGAGGGAGCGGGCUAGAAUGGCUCGCGGCAUGCGCGGGGCGAAGACCGUGCCCGGUGUUGAAUUGAAUUUGUCGCUAGGUGAUGACUGUACUACAAAAGUCGUCGUGAGGUUGAGGAAGCUACACCAGUGUAAACGUGCUCAAACUGCCACAAAUGUCCACGGCGAGUCCUUACAAAGAGUGAAAGCACAGGGCGACGUGUUAGAUACGGUCACGGGCGCGAAGCUCGACAAGGCUACUGACGUAAAUACCUAUGUCGCUGUCGGUCAUUUUUACGAGCCGCCGAAAGAAGAGGACGAGCCGGAAUCGGCGAAAGCGUUGCGGCGGUCGCAUCGAGUUGUCGUGGAUGCGCAGGAUAGGGACGAAUGUGCGGAGUGCUUUGAGCCGGGUUCCGUGUGCGUGCUGGGCGUCUGUAGCGUGCGGGACGCGUUUCCUUCCGGAUUACGAGUGCAGAACCCCGGUUCGAGUCCGUGUGCGUUGUCUCCCGACGACUCCGAAGCACCUGGAUCUUCAGCUGUGGUGCAGGCCUUUGCUGCUUCGUUACGAGAAAAGAACUUGGUAGCGCUGGCGAGGUACAUCCCGAAACGGUCGGCGGCGCGGCGGCGGGGCCCGAAGCUCGUCGCUCUGCAAGCUAGAGAUGAUGGGCUCGGUUUGAUUGAAUUACCAUUUGAUGACGAGCUGCGGAGCGUACCUUUACCAGAUGAAGUCCCACCAGCUCCCGAGCUGGAUCGGAGCAUGUCGACGUUGGUCAAUGCCCUGCAGGCGCGCUGUGUGCCGGGAGGCCCCGUCGACGUCGACGCGGGCGUGCCGAACUAUGCGUUGCGGAGCCAGCACGCCGCCCUAGAAGCGUUCGCGCUCGGACUUGAUGAUAGCGCGGUCCAGAAGGUGAAAACGAGAGCGGAGGCGUUGCGGCCGUCACGCGCGGACACGGAAUUAGUGAAUGCGGCGGAGGCCGUGGCGUCAUCGCUACCCGAGGAAAUUGAGGAGCAACCGGUAGCUAAAAAAAGACGCGUCGCUGCUCCCAAGGAUAUCAAAGUCCUCGUCGACAAGGCGCUGCUGACGGCGCCGUGUGAUCGGGACAAGCUCAAGAACCACACGAACGACGCGCUCAAGGCGUGCUGCGGCGAUUUGGGGUUGAAGAAGAGCGGGAAGAAGGAGGACCUCGUGGAGCGCAUCGCGGAGCACGUCGACGCGCAGAGCGCCUAAGACCAAUGAUUGUA